GUUAUCUUCUUUCGUUUAGGAAACUAGUUAGCACAAUGCUGGCCUCUACCAUCCAGUCUAGCGUUCUGCGCUCUUCCGUGCGCGCUGCGCCCGCGCCCAAGCGCGCUCUGGUCAUCCAGAAUGCCCACAAGAAGGGUUCCGGUUCGACCAAGAACGGCCGUGACUCCAACGCUAAGCGCCGCGGUGUGAAGGUCUACGGCGGCCAGCCUGUGAAGGCCGGUGGCAUUAUCGUCCGCCAGUGCGGCUCCACGUGGAACGCCGGCGACAACUGCAUGCUGGGCCGUGACUUCACCGUGUUCAGCACUGUGGAGGGCGUCGUCGUGUUCGACAAGAAGCGCGUGAAGCCCGAGAUCCACGUGUACCCCGCUGACCACCCCAAGGCCGUGGCCGCGCUGGCCAAGACCCACACCAAGCAGCCCGCCGAGGGCCAGCAGUCCCGCGCUGAGCGCCGGAAGGCCACCUACACCUCGCGCAAGGCUACCCUGUCGGUCGCCCAGGUGGCCGCCCCCACCACCCCCUAAGCGCCUCGCACUCAAUGUGGAGCGAAAGCGGCUAGCGGAGUUGGGAGAGGAGCGUCUUAAUUUGCGGAGUUGGGACUCCGCAGCAGGCAGGCGGAAGCAGCAGCGGCCAAUGGAGCGGGCGCUUCUAAGGAGCCGAGGACGAGGCGGAGGGUCGGGAGGCCCGCUGAGCCACCGACCACGAUGCGGAGUUGUGGAGCAAACUAGUGCAGCGUCAGCGGCGGUGGCGAGCAUGGAGGGGCCUGGAUAGGCUAAUGGAUUUGGAUGCCAGAAGAACCAGACGGAUGGGAUGGGGCGUUCAGCCGCGGGCCAGCUGUGCUAAGCAGUGCGCAGAGUAGGGCUGGUUACUCAGCGGCGGCGCGGAGGAUGCGUUAGGGAGUAGUGGGCGCAUGGGAUGCGACUGGCUUGCAGGAAGGAGUUCACGAGUGUGGUGUGUGGAGCUCGACGGGGAGGCGACAAACACGCAUGAGCGGCCCGCGCCCUGUCUACAGCUUGAGGCCUGGCUGCAGAGUUGCACUGGCGCAACGCCACAAUUUUCUGACACGAGCAGCUAGAGGCAGGGCCAGGCCCCAAGCCACCAGUUUUACGUUGGCGGUCCGCGUGUGGGCUUGCGAUCUGGGUCGAGUAGAGGCGGUGGCUGUGCGUGAUAGAGCGGCCGCUCGUCUGGGACUUUCAACAUGUUGCUGUAACGCAGCAAAAAUUGAAGUAUUCAAGCGUCGUGCCAUCCCUUACACUUGCGGAGGGCUGGGAGAUAAGAAUACGGGACUGGCCAGUGUAAGCCUGUGAGCCA